AUGACUAGUAUUCCACCAAAUUACACUUUAUAUGUUCGAAAUCUAAACGAAAAGACCAAUAAAGAUGAAUUGAAAAGGUCUUUAUACUCCCUGUUUUCAGCGUAUGGACGUAUCAUUGAUAUUGUCGCUUUGAAAACAAAAAAAAUGCGUGGUCAAGCUUUUAUCGUUUUUAAGGAAAUUCAAAGCGCUACUUCGGCCAUGAGGGGACUUAACGGUUUCAACUUUUACGAUAAACCAAUGCAUAUUGAAUACGCAAAAGGUAAAUCGGAAGCCAUCGCAAAAUUAGAUGGUACGUGGAAAAGACCCGGUAUUGCAACGACGACGACCAAUGUCACCGCUUCACGCGCACAAGCUUAUGGUCAUCCUAUUUCAUCACCUGCACAGAAAAGACAGCGGGAGGAAGAAGACAUUUCAGAUACUAAAAGAGCGGCAAACGGAGGGAAAGUAGAGAGGGAAUCGGAGUCACCAGAGAUUGAAGUCACCGUAAAAGGAGAGAUGGAACUUAUCAAUAGGAUAUUGUAUAUACAGAAUUUACCACCGGACGUUACGGAUGAGAUGUUGAGCUUUUUGUUUCAACAAUAUCCCGGUUUUAAGGAAGUACGUCUCGUUCCUGGUAAAUCGGAUAUUGCUUUUGUGGAAUAUGAAGCCGAUCAUCAAGCGGCUGUAGCAAAGGAUGUACUUGAUGGAUUCAAGAUUACCCACGAUAAGGAAAUGAAAGUGACAUUCUCAAAGAGAUGA